GGUAAAACUUAUUCUGACAUCAACCAGUAUGGUAUCAUCAACAUUUGAGCACGGUGAACAUUUACAGUGAAAUUAAAGUGCGCGACUACAAUAGAAAUUAUUAUAUGAAUAACAAUUGUGUGAUAUUUACUAAGCUAUAGGAUUAGGAGUACCAAAAUCUGCAUAAGAGGCGUUCCAAAGACAAAUACCAUGUCUGACAACCCAGAAGAAACAGCUUACUACCUUCGACUUAUCUCUAUGUAUAUGGACCUUUGUACAGAGAGUGUAAGGAAAGUGUUUGAUUUUUAUUCACCAAAUAAUAAUGGUGAAGAAUUUAUUCGAUUAAAUCAAGACAAACUGAAUGAAUUAAAGACAAAUGGAAUUUUGAAUCAACAGGAAUGUGAAGUCGUCAUUACACAAUGGCCAAAUCUCAAACUUAUGGAUAUAUCACUACUGAUUACCCUCUCUAUCAAUUUAUUUACUACCGUGCAACUAGCACCUCCGACAAAAGGAUGGAACCGCCCCCCUAAAAGUGAAGACAUAUCUAUUGCGGCUGAUCUGUUACGUUUAAGAAAGAUCAGAAAUGUCAUUGUCGGUCACCAUCCAUGUGCUCGGCUACCUCAAUGGGUAUUUGAAAACGAAUGGGAGAAUAUUAAGACUAUAUUACUAAGGAUAGAAGGGCAAAUAGAUCCGGAAAACGAGGUACAUCUUCAAAGCCAAAUUGAUUGUUACUUAAUACAACAGCUGCAACCAUGUAUUCAGAACGAGCAUGACUCGAAACUGAAAGAAUGGUAUCAGGAGGUGUCCAUAGCUCAGAAACAGGUAGACGAAUAUCUCAAGAACCUUGAAGGAUUCAACGUGUACUUAAAGGAAAAGUCCGAUCGGUAUGAACGUUACAUAAAACUUUUGGUUGAAGGCGGGCGAUUUGUAUUGUCCGCUCUAAUUAAAACAAAAUGUCAGCAAAGCGAUUUGAGAUGCAAACUGGAUGAGAAAGAAGAUAUACUUAGAGAAAAGAUCAUUGAUUCGGAACAUUUAGAAAUUCUCUAUCCAUCUACCUCAGAUCGUUUGGCAACCCCGUUGGAUUUCUCAGUAUGGGACAUUUCGUUGCUUACUGGGGUAUUAUUGUAUGCUUUUGAGUGCAGUGGUGAUCUGAAGGAGGCAAUAGACAAUCUGUACAAUGCACGAAUGAAUUACGCAGAGGUAGCUGUUAAAUCGUUAGAUCCGGACGAUUUCGUUGACUACCUAUCUGAUCUCAAAUACAGCAUUAGUGUUGCUAAAAAUUAUCUAAAUUCGGAAGAGAAAUCUCACAUUAAUAAAAUAUUGGAAGAGAGUAAGAAAAAAGCAAAGGAAGAUGGCUCAUUUAAGAUAUAUAUGGAGGAACUCAAAUCACAGGGUUUUCAGAUGAAAACAUUUUCAGACAUUCAUAAAGAGACUGUUCAGAAAACGAAAGAAACACUUCAACAAAUGAUAACACAUGGAAUAAGCUUUGACAGUAACCGGGUGCUAGAAUUGAAAAUGAUAACUGUCGGAUCAGACGAAGAGAAGAAAAAACUUGUUGAAAACAUUUUGUUUGAAGUGUUGGAGAUCGCAUUGGGUCGAACAGAAAACAAAGACAAUUUUCAAGAAAUCCAGGAAGAAGUUAACAAGGUUUUGAAAAAGAUAAAGAAGUCAAAAAAUAUACAAGAUAUAUCCGUUGAACAGAAAUGUAUCCUUCUGCAGAUUGCAAGUAGGGAACCAUAUGACAUGUUGGCCCUUAUUGAAUAUUUCGAAAGUGAUUUAUUCCUAAAAACCCUGGAUGAUAUAUGUAAAUGGGUUGGCUAUCAUUGCGAUACGAUUGUUGCAAUAUGUUCAAAUGUGACCAUUGAAUCACUUCAUGGCAUUCUUAAUGAAGAACAUCUACCAAAGCAACAAGAAAGUGGCAUAAGAGUUCCAAUUACUGUUUCUUCGCCAGCUGACAUGAUGGAAUUGUGGAAAUUAUUUCGAAGUGAGCAAUUUUCAAAUAGCAUAAAUGCUAUAGCAGAGAAGUUGUCAAAACAUUCGAAAACAAAAAUUACCCUGAAAACGUUCACAGAUCUGAAAGAGUUUAACGACGUCUUUGAUGAAGAGAUUGAGCAAAGUAGUUCAGACAGCGAAAGUAAUGAUUCAUUGACUCCAGACAGUAGCCAAACGUUAGACACUAAAUUAGAUUUCCCAUACAAAGGAGAUGUAGCGGGGCAUCCUGCUGUUCAAUCGUCCAAAUAUGACAAACGAAAGGUCGCCGUUGAAACAUAUAAGACAAGUCUGUCCUUUACCAAGUUGAGGCAAACUGGAAAACACAUUCGAGACGUUUUUAGAAGUAAGAAGAAGAAAGGAAAUGGAGGCAGUCCAGAUGACAAAGAUAAGAAAACGCCAGAUAUGCAUUGCCUUUUGAAAGAACCAUGGAGAUGUUUAGAUAGGAAAGGCACCUGGACAGAAAAGUAUGCUAAAGAACUUUUGAGCGAAAUACAAAAGCAUGAAGUUAAAGAUACAGAUAUCUCAAACAUUCGUAUUUUGCUACUGGGACCAGUCAGUGCUGGCAAAUCUUCCUUUCUGAAUACAGUAGCUUCAAUCGAUAAAGAAAGAGUGGCACAGAUAACCGUUGCAGCAGGUUCUAUUGGCAGUACGACUUAUGUGCUGAAGGAAUUCAGACCACAAGGCAAAUUAGAGAACUUCUGUAUAUUAGACACAAUGGGGGUGGAUGAUAGCGAUCAGGGAGGUCUCAAUCUUAAGGAUGCUGUAUACGUUGUCAAAGGAAACAUUCGACCUGGUUACAAGUUCAAUCCUGUCUGUCCAAUUGAUGAAGGAAAUAAAGACUUUAGGUCAGAUCCAAACAGCAAGGAGAAAAUCCAUUGCGUUGCUUUUGUAUGUGAUGCUAAUGUUAUCGGACAGGACAAUAUUUCGGAUAUGACAAGAGCAAAAAUUAAAACACUGCAAGAUGAGUUAAAAGCUAUUGAUGUUCCUAGAGUGGUAUUACUAACAAAGAUUGACCAGCUUUGUGAAUGGAUUGAUUCAGACAUAACCAAUUGUUACAAAAGUGUAGCUCUUAGGAAGGCCGUAAACAUAGCUGAGAAACUGUUUGAACUUCCGGAAAUGUCCAUUUUUCCGGUACAAAAUUAUACAGAUGAAUACGAAAUGGACGCGAGAAAAGACAUAUUAUCUCUGUUAGCUCUUAGGCAAAUGUUAUUAUACGGAAUUAAAUUUCUUUAUAAAAACAAUUUUUCUGAUGAAUCAGAUUAUGGCUGUGUGGAAUGUGAGGAUGUCAUCGCGACGACAACAAAACUGAAAGGAGACGAGGCAAGCGAUAGCAAUACAAAAAAUUAUAGCAAUCAACAGUUAGACCAGUCGAACUUAGACGUUUUUCUUGCAGAUAAAAUAAAAGCAAACGAAAAGGGCGAUUUGCCGAAAAUUGCAGAGACAGAUACUCAACUUCUUGUAGAUUUUAUUAACUUUCACGAAUUCAAAGGGAUAUUUUUAUAGAUUUUGUAUAUAUUAUCUUUUAAAACUACAAAGGAGGUUCUUGUAGUCUCUGUUAACAGAAAUGAAAUGCAAUACUUUUUUACGGUAAGCUAUGUCAGACUGCCAAUUUAUGUUUUUGUUUCUAACAAAAAGACCUCUGGUCUCAAUAGCUUUCCAUCGAAUAUAAGAUUUACCGUCAAAGUCGCUGGAAAGACCUUUUCAAUUAAGGUAUAAGAUGCAUAAUAGUAAUGUUUUGAAUUUUGGUUAUAUCAUUCAAAAAUAACCUGGGCGCAGACGUAAAACCUCAAUUUCUUCAACGAUAUUUAGUCUAAAAUGUGAAAGCAAAACAGAGAACGUUUCCCGCAUGUAACUCAAUAUUUUUAAAGAUGUGUAACUGUAUCCAGUAGAAGUAGAAAAUUUACUGUCAACAGCAAGAAAUCGCUUAUCAUUUUUUUUCCAUUUUUGUACAAUAAAUUAAUUAUAAGUCUUAAAAGAAAUAAAACAUACUACAUCUGAAAUAGCAAACUAAGGUCAGUUCGUAUUAGAUAAAAUUUCAUAACUAAAUCACAUUUAAGCCCGCACGCUUAGCUCAGUAGGGAGAGCGUC